UUUUUUUCUGUUUUAAAAGAUCAGUAAGCAAGAAAAAUUCAAUGGCGACCAACUGGAGAACAGUUCUAAUGUAAAUUUGCAGCCCCCUUUGCAUCAAUUUUAUCCUAUUUUUAGCCAUGCUCAUUUCUCUUUUUCCUGCACCCUAAUAACAACCACAAUGUGCUAUAGCUCCUCCACCUAUGGAUAGCACAAUGUUUCCUCGCUGGGUGACCUUCCUCCUCUCACCUCGCCCCAAUUCUGGCCCUUUCCCUCGGAGAGGACCCAUGCUGCGGCCGAGGUGACGACGACCACGCGGCGCACCGGAGAUGAUGAAGGGGAGGACGCCUUUCAAGAGCCCCCUUCCCAGCACCAGCCACGCCUCCGACGCCUCCAGCAGCAGCUCGGCCGGCGCCGCCACCACCCACCGCCUGUACCAAGUCUGGAGGGGAAGGAAUAAAUUCCUGUGUGGCGGGCGGCUCAUCUUCGGCCCGGACGCCAACUCCAUCGUGCUCUCCAUCUCCCUCAUCAUGACGCCGCUGGUGCUCUUCGUGGCCUUCGUCUCCUUCCGCCUGGCCGAGCUCAUGGGGAAGCCGCUCGGCCCCUUCGUGCCCACCACGGCCAUGGCCGUCGGCGCAUUCGAUGUCAUCGUGCUGGUGCUGACGUCGGGUCGGGACCCCGGGAUCAUCCCCAGGAACAAGCGCCCCCCGGACCCCGAAGACCUGCUGCUGGACGGCAUGUCGUCCCCCAUGGCCGGAGCCGGAGCCCCGCCGCCGUCCGGGGUGCUCCCGCCGACCCGCGACGUGUACGUGAACGGCAUCGUGGUCAAGGUCAAGUACUGCCAUACCUGCAUGCUCUACCGUCCCCCACGCUGCUCCCACUGCUCCGUCUGCAACAACUGCGUCGAGCGCUUCGACCACCACUGCCCCUGGGUCGGCCAGUGCAUCGGCAAAAGGAACUACAGGUUCUUCUACAUGUUCAUAUCCUCGACGACGUUCCUGUGCCUGUACGUGUUCGUGUUCUGCUGGGUGAACCUGAUCCUGAUCGCGCGGCACGAGCAGUGCGGCCUGGGGGGAGCCAUGGUUUCGUCCCCGGUCUCGUGUCUCCUCAUCGGGUACACCUUCAUCACGUCCUGGUUCGUGGGCGGGCUCACGGCGUUCCACUCCUACCUGGCCUCCACGAACCAGACCACCUACGAGAACUUCAGGUACAGGUACGAAGGGAAGUCCAACCCUUACAACCGGGGCGUGGCACGGAACCUCAUCGAGAUCUUCCUGUCCCCGAUCCCCGCCAGCAAGAACGAUUUCCGGCAGAAGGUCGUCGUCGACCCCAACGCGCUCUUCUACGGCCCGCCGUCCAUGGCUUACUCGUACUCGUUUGGUUUGCUGUCGUCGUCCAAGAAGAGCUUUAACACGCAGGGGAGCCUCAGCUUUGACAUGACGAAGCAGGCGAGCUUCGAUCUCGGAGGGUACCCCGCCAGCGGGAAGAGGACCAGCAUUGGCUCCUCUGACUUUGGGGACAUAUAUGGUGGCACUGGUGGAGAGGGUGCCACGGUGCAGCAGCCGCGCCACUCCAUUUUUGGCGAUGCGGAGAGCAAGAAGGCGGCGGCGGACGACGCGGAGUCGGCCACGACGGUUGAUCUCGAGACAAGGGGUGCCGGCCUCGGGGGAGGGAGUUCGAGGCCGUGUGACUGACAGAGGCGAUGUGAUGUGAUCGUGAAGUUCGAUCAUGGGUUGGGACUUUGGGAGAUAACCCAGUGCGGCGCGCGAGUUUGCAAAAUUUUGGUCGAUCCCCUUGACCCCUUCCUCGUGUUGCACGGUAGCUUGAUGAUCAGGUUCCUCAGCUCCUCCCGGUCCCGGGUUUGCGAAAAGGGAUAUAUGGAGGUUUUCGUAGUUAUCCAGCUAGCUGCUGCAUUAACUGUAGCUAGCCAAGGUGAUGUAUAAAUUACCCAUGCACACAUGAGUUGAGUUUUGGUGUCUGGAAUUUGAUGGAUGUUGUGUGUAGGAUCAGUGCCUCACAGUCACUGGUACUGGAGGCCGGACUAAAACUUAGCCGGUGCUUGCUAGAAAAACAUGUACGGCUGAUGCUGGCUGCUGGAUCCUCCUCUUUGAUUAAGCAUGUACAGUAGGAUGAUCUCUGAUGUCAUAAUAUGGAUCGAUUUGGCCAAUUCAAGAUUUUCGUUGUUUCGGAGUU